GAAUCAUUGACCAAACUAUUCUGGCGUGAAUCAGUAUGAAGCUGUAUUUAGUUAUCUUGGCUUUGUUGUCCGAAUUUUUAAGUUUAGUUUAUGGAUUUGACCAUUUGUCCGACGAAUUUAUAGAUCGAAUAAAUUUAAAGGCAAAGACAUGGACAGCGGGGAAGAAUUUCGGUGACAAUGUUUCGUGGUCCUAUAUUAAAAAUCUUAUGGGCGUGCUUCCAUUAAAAUAUGAAAUGCCUAUUUUAUACUCAGAAAAGAAGUUCAACUUACCAGAAAGUUUUGAUGCGAGGGAAAAGUGGAGUCUUUGUCCAACUAUUCAGGAAAUACGAGAUCAAGGUGCCUGUGGUUCCUGUUGGGCAGUAGCUGCUGUUGAAGCUAUGUCCGAUAGAGUUUGCAUACACUCAAACGGCACCAAAAACUUUCGUUAUUCAUCCGAGGAUAUGCUAUCCUGCUGCGACAUUUGUGGAUUUGGUUGUUCCGGGGGUUUAACAGGUGCCGCUUGGCAUUACUGGGUGAAAAGUGGAAUCGUUUCCGGCGGUUCGUAUGGCACAAAACAAGGUUGCAGGCCAUAUGAAAUACCUCCGUGUGAGCAUGAUGUUAACGGUACUAGACCCACAUGCUCCGGUAAACAUUUUCAAACACCGAAAUGUUUGAAAACUUGUGAAGACAAUUAUCCAAUAACUUAUGAAAAUGAUAGGCAUUUCGGGAAAUCGUAUUACAGAAUUUCGAGUAACCCUGAUGAUAUUAGAAAAGAAAUAUUUGAAAAUGGUCCGGUUGAGGCUUCGUUUACUGUGUUUUCAGAUUUCUUGCAUUAUAAAUCAGGCGUGUAUCAGCAUGUAGUUGGUAAAAAUCUUGGAAUACACGCGAUAAAGUUGUUGGGAUGGGGUGUUGAAAAUGGCACCGAAUAUUGGCUUGUGGCGAAUUCAUGGAAUUCCGAUUGGGGUGAUGAUGGUACAUUUAAAAUACUAAGGGGCAAAAAUCAUUUGGGAAUUGAAUAUGAGGUUGUUGCUGGUCUACCUAGUGUGUAACAUUUUAUUUUAAAUAUAUUAAAAUGUUUUAUUAUA